AAUAACGAUGUUGUGCAUACAAUGAAUGAAAGCGAAAAACAAGCAUAGUACCCCCGUUGACUAGCGUAGUCAAGCUCGAGUGCGAUUGCUGAAAAUGACGGCAACGCUAACAGUUUUAACAGCACUCUUAGCUUACAUAGAGAUCUCGAAGUCGAAAUUACGGUGUGAGGGUGCGGUGCAUAUAAGCUCCGACUGGGAGGAUAAGACAGAUAAUCUGCUCCAAGAACUACCCUCAUUUGGAACAUGUUGGAUGGACAUUGAUAGUCAGGACGUAUCUGGCUGUUUAAGUGGCAAGUUUUCUUAUGAGGACCGUCUGCGGUGGGCCGAACAUUUAUCGCGAUGCUUUCUGGGCCUUGUAAGACAGAAUGUGCCCUGUGCUAAAAAUUCUAGAUUUUGUGAUGUCCAGGCCCUACUUCGACAAGACCCAAAGACGAAAAACGUCUUUACAUCGUUCUUUAAUGAAACCUAUUCGUUUUGCGGAUUUAUUUCAUCGCUGAAACGAACUCGGGCGUCACUUGAAACAAUUAAGACGGUGGCAGGUGAGGUCCGUGAGGCACUUGUUAACGUUUCAGCAUUAUUGAUACAUGAAAGAGUUGUUUUGGGCGAAACAACUUCUAGUCGGAGAAAGGUUUUCGCAGAGUCGCUUGCAGCCCAGAGGGAUGCACUCCGUUUGUCGCUCGAGACAAAAGCCGCCACCCUCCAAAAAUUCGUAAAAUACACGUCCACUGCAACUUUCGAUCGAAUCGUCGGUUUCGUUCAAUUCAUAACAGAACACAGCGACCUGUUUGAAUUGCUGUUGAGUUUGACGUUACCAUUUGCCAUGUGCUGGUCUAUAACAAUUGGUGAACUCACAGAAUCGGCCCGAGUACCGUUAAUGUUGCUAUGGGCUUGCUCAGCUAUCGUCAACCAUCUACUUCGGGACAGCGUUGCUACGGGAUUAAAGUCAUCGAUGCUUUUACUCACUGUUUUACUUUCGUUGGCUAUCUACGUUAUGCGCGGAUAUCGGUCGCUUCACAAAUACCAUGCAGAGAUCAGACGAUUACAAAGGAUUUCGGAGAAGACCAAUGUUCUGCUCGCCCAAACUAGAAGACUAGUUUAAUAGUUAUCCAGAAAAUUCCUCUGCAGACGCACUUUCUGCAUCUGACGUUGCCCAAUUGUGGCAGCUGCUUUAGGAAAUAGUCGCGCGCCGCUUCUAUGCUUGCGUUAAGGAUAUGUAGCUUACAGAUAGACUGAGCCUGCCGUCAUGGAGAUUGUGGUUGACCGUAACGUCAGUUCUAGCCAGGUGUUGCAACCGGCCAAUACAUACAAAUCGCGACAGGCUCAUGAACCCUUCAGAUGUUUCUUGCUCCUCUACUAAUCCGUGUCGUGGUCUCCAUUGCAAUAAAGGUGAAAUGGACGACAUCAUGCCUCAAAUAAGAUAAAAGGGAGGUUGAAGCUAUAUGAAACAAGAACCAUACUGCCCGCUUUGCAUCUUCGUUCCUACUUUUCGAAAAGAGGAAACUUGGCUUUUAAAAUUCCCUUCGAAAUUUUGAGACGCACACAACAGAGAGAGAUUUAAUAUAAUUCACAUUAUUGGAUAUUUUUCUUAUGCGAAAUUUCAGGUGCAGUGCAUCGUGUUUAUUGAUGCGUGCAGUGCACGUGAAGAAACAACAUGAGCGACGUGCCUUCCUAAUGCGCAAAGAUCACGCAAUGUUGCAUCACGCUGAUGACAAGGUCAACUGCGUAGGGGUUUGCAUACGAACCGAAGAAAAAAUAUCAGACAGUUUGGAUCAUAACCAGUGUGCAGGGUGAUAGCGCUUCGAACGCGAUGCUGUCAGCUUCUCUUUCGAGAACUUGGAAAUUUUACCCUAUGGAAGUUUAGAGUUGAAUUGUGAACUGUUUAAACCGAGUCGCCUGUCUGUGGGCCCACUUUGAGGAACACAUUCGCAUCCUCUAGGCGCAUCCUCUAGCGGUCGAGGUUUCGCAAAUCCGUCGGAAUAAAAUUUUAGUGUUUUAAGCAUCUCAUCGCGACCAUUCGCUGCUUCCAGGAAAAGGCUCACUCGCUAAUCAUAUAUACCAAGAAGAUCCAUACAUGCAGGCCUUAGUGGGAUUAAGCUGGGCCUUUAGAAAGAUGUCAACCCUGCUACAUUUCUUAAUACAGUGGUACUCUAAUAAUUUACAAUGGUUAAUAUUUUUAGAGAGUGUUGGAGAACAGAUGUCUUUCUGUUAGACUAAAAAAAAAUGGCAAAAAGCGAGUUCUUUUAAAUAGCACAGACCAAAAGCUCAGUCAGGAAAGCUAAUCGAACCUCUAUGCAGCAUCAUUCUAAGAAAAGGAAAAUUUCCUGUCGUCAAGGUCCUGUCGCGGCCAGCUCUGUUGCCACCUUGCGGAAAGGGGCAAAGCUUGUAGAUCAUUCGUUAUUCUCAAAAAGACAAUCUCUGACAAGAUAGACUCG